AUGUCCACUGUCAGCAAACUACCAUUAAAUAAUGAAAUAGAGCUGAUAACAGAGGAGGUGGACAAGGGCUUUGAGGACUCGAAUCUUAUCCGAAAGUUCCUCGAGAAGAGAAUACAGAUUGAAGAUGAAUAUGCCAAGAACUUGCAGAAACUGGUAAAGUCACAGCCAAGUCUCACCAAGCUUGGAGGCAUCAGUGGUGCAUUCUCAGUCAUCCUAGACAACACCAAUCAGUACUGCAAUCAUGUCAUACAGACCAUGCAAAGAAUGAGUGAGGAUGUAAACACAUCACUCAAGAACUUUCUCAAAGAGUUAAAGAAUGAACAGAAGAAUUAUAUAUUAGAUGGACAGAACUUGGCAAAGGAGAGGAAGGAGAUAUUUGAUGCUUUGAGGAAUGCCAAGGCAAAGUAUGAUUCAGUCUCAGCAUUCCCAGAUAGUGAUCAAUCAAAGAUGAAGGAGGCAGAAGAAGAGUACAAACAACAAGUGGCCGCAGUCAAUCGAUAUCAAGCACUAUUCCACAAUGAGAAGUUACCAAAGAUACAGAAUGACUUUCAACGAUUGGAGACAAUGAGGAUGCAGAGAAUGAAGACAAACUUGAAGAAGUAUGUUGGAGAAUGGGAGACAUUCCCACAAAAGUUGUCAUUGUCGAUGAAGGCCUCGGAGGACUCGGUCAACGCGAUUGAUACAAAGAAGGACAUUAUGACUUUUGUUCAUUUUAACAAGUCGUUGAACAAUCAGUGGCCAGACUUCAUCUUUGAACAAUGCGACAAGAAGAAGAAGAAUAGUGGUUGGCGAUCGACAGUGGCCGCACUCAAGAAUGUUGGAGGUGGCAGCAGCGCCGGCCAGCCCGCGCCCAGCCACAAGGACUUGAUGAACUCGUACGUGCCCAACACACAGAAGCAGGACGCGUCAAAUAACCACCCGAACGCCGUGUUUGGCGUGGCGCUGGCCGAUGUGAUGGAGAAGCAGCGCACGAGAUUCCCCGACUUCAACGUGCCCUACGUGCUGGUGUUGCUCGUCAGCCAGAUCAAACAGCUCAAUGGCCUGCAGACCGAGGGCAUCUUCCGCAUACCCGGUCACAACGCCGACGUCAUUGCCAUCAAGAAGCGCUUCAACGAGGGCGACUACACACUGGCUGAGAACAACGUGCACACGGUCACCUCGACGCUCAAGGCAUUCAUGCGCGAGAUGCCCCAGGCGCUCAUCCCCGACGCCAUGUACGAGGCGUUUGUCUCGUGUGACACGGGCACAGAGAUGGCCAACGUCGUCCAGAAGCUGGCGCCCGUCAACCAGCGCUGUCUCACUUACAUGUCGCACUUUUUGAAGGAGCUGACACUGCCCGAGAACGUGCAGCACAGCAAGAUGACUAUUGACAACAUGUCCAUAUCAUUCGCGCCCUCACUCCUGCGAUGCAGCAACCCCGAACUCUUCAUGACCAACAUUGAGCGCGAGAAGAACUUCAUUCGCGUGCUGAUCGAAGCGCAUGCCGAGCUGUUGGAAGCGUUCCCACUCAAACUUGGCGGCUUGGACUCGGUCGGCAGCGGUGGCGGCGGUGGUGGCGGGUCAACAUACUCGGCGCCCCUCGAUCGAUCAGGUCCGCCUCCAUUGGCGCGCACAUAUAAGGAGAGGAGCGAUACAGUUACUGCAGCGUCGCCCCCACCACUGGCUUCCUACCACCCACUGACAUCAUCAUAUGACGACUAUCAAUACCCUGCCGCAGCCUCUGCCGCGGCGCACUCACCCCAACCACCACCCCUUUCAUCCAUGUCCUCGGAUCAAUCACCUUCCAGGCCACUGCCUGCGCCGCGACAGAUGCCAGUGCCUGUGCCGCGACAAAUGCCUGUGCCAGUGCCAUCCCAAGGUCAAGGACAUGGUCAAAAUCUAAACAGAAGCCUAAACAAACAACAAACACAGGCACUACAGCAACAGUCAUCAUCACCUCCACCUUUAUCCUCAUCACCAAUAGACGCACCACCAAGAGUCAGGCCACCACGUCCACCCAAUGCGCCAACAGUCAAUGGCGAACAUCACAACACACCCACCAACAACAACAACACAUCUGGCGGACCACCACCACCACUGCGCUCACCAGACAAAGGAGGCGCUGCCAUGUCACCGCCACCUCUAGCGCCAGUUGAUCGCGAAAGGAAAUUCAGUAUAUUCUCCAACUUGCCACCACCUCCAACCAUGCCACAUUAG